UGUUCAAUAAAACCAUAAUCAUGUAAUUUAGUCAGGGUUUCUUCAUUCGUUCAUUAAUUCUAAAAAACCUGUUGUCCAUGGUAAACAGGUUUUUUUAAGAAUUAAUAAAUUGUAAAACACACGCGCUCACAGAGUUUUUAUGUAAAGUGGGAAAGGCGAAGUUUAAGAACUGUGGUUUCGGCUGCUCUUUGUCCAGCAGGUAGCCGGUGCCAGGCGAUUUACACACAUUAGCUCAUUUCAGGCGCACGCUGGCUCCAGAUAAGUACUGUCCUUGUCUUGGAGUCGAAGUUACUGCAGGUUCCCCACUGGGAUGUGGCUAUGAAUUCAGGGCUGACCCACGACCCCUUAGGUCAGGAAGGAAAGAAGCAGCCCUCUGGAUUCAGAGGAGACGGAGGCACCUCUGCUGGUGCAAACAGGCUCUGGGUGUCGGGAACCGAGCCUGAAGCGCGGUCUUGUUUGGCCUGCAUGUUGCAGCUGGCAGGUGCAGGCCCGGAGGCCAGCAGGCGAGCUGAAACUCCGUUUAGUACGCAGCCGGUGGGGAGGAGCCAGGUGAGGCAGGCCAGGGACAAGGGCCGAAGCCGGAGGCCAGGGCCGGGGCUGGCGGGCGCAGCGCCCCCUGGGCGUGUAGGUUGGUCUGCGGGUAAGGGCGCGCGCGGGGCAGCGGGGACGCGCGGGCGGUGAGGCCUAAACGCGGGGCUGCGGGAGCCAUGCGGCAGACAAGGAGGAACGCGUCCUCUGAGCCACGCGGGCAGAAGAGGCCUGGGGCCUCAAGGGCUCCCGCCGCCGCUGCCUCGGCUCCCGGCGCCACCCGCGCACGGCGUCCCACGGGCCAAGCGGAGAGCAGGAGCCUGGCGGCGACUUGGAAGUCGUCGGCGAAGCAGCGGCCGAGGCAGUCGCUGCUGGCCCAGGAGGCGGACCCCGGGGAGCCGGAGCCCGCGCUGCUGCCGCCGCCCCCGCCCCCGACCCCGGUGACUCCGACAUCCUCAGGGGCCACGUUGGACCUGGGCGACCAGAGGGAGCGCUGGGAGACGUUCCAGAAGCGGCAGAAGCUCACCUUUGAGGGUGCCGCUAAGCUUCUGCUGGACACCUUUGAGUACCAGGGCCUGGUGAAACACACAGGAGGCUGCCACUGUGGAGCAGUUCGCUUUGAAGUCUGGGCCUCGGCAGACUUACACAUCUUUGAUUGCAACUGCAGUGUUUGCAAGAAGAAGCAAAAUAGACACUUCAUUGUUCCUGCUUCUCGCUUCAAGCUCCUGAAGGUUAGUGCUAAGAGCAGGGUUGAAGAUGCAGAGCCCAUGGGGAGCCGAGAGCAUAACCACGUACACGUUCAACACCCACAAGGCGCAGCACACCUUCUGUAAGAGGUGCGGUGUGCAGAGCU